AUGCAUCCAGCACCGCUCCAUCUGGCCGAGGCGGUCCAGGGCAACACCGGCAAGCUGGAGUGCAACAUCACGGCACCGUUGGCCGGCGAUCGGGCCAUUCUGGUCAUCUGGUACAAGAAUGGCCAAACGAUUCCACUGUACACAUUCGACGCCCGUGACUCCACCCGGGAGGGUUCUCACCGCAGUUCGAACUCGUCCUUCGAUGGGCGGGCCAACUUCUACCCGAACCGGACGCCGGCGGUGCUGGAGAUCCGGCAGACGAAAAACUCCGACAGCGGUGUGUACCGCUGCCGGGUGGACUUCCACAAGAGUCCCACGCGGAACACCCGGGUGCAGCUGUCGGUUAUAAUUCCGCCGGAGAAGCUGCAAAUCGUGGAUGCCAACGGUCAUAGCAUCCCGCACUACAUCCUGGGUCCGUACAACGAAGGCGCUUCGGUGAACUUCACCUGUGUGGCGAGUGGCGGUCGCCCGCCACCUACCGUCAACUGGUGGUACAACAACGAAAUCGUGAACCACUCGUCGACGAUCCUGUCGGAACGGCGCGUUCGCAACACGCUGAUCCUGAACCGGCUGGAGCGGAAGCACCUGAAAGCCAUCUUCACCUGUCAGGCGUCGAACAACAACGUCACGAAUCCCAUCAGUGCCUCGAUUCACCUGGACAUGAACCGUAGCCCGAAAAUAAAAACGCUAGACACGAAUGCAAUAGCAGAAGAGUGCGAAACAACCAGAAACCAGAUGAAAGAGAAGCUAAUCGGUGACACUCACAAGGUCAGUAGAAUGAGACCUUAUCUUCAAUUGCCUUCCGAAAGUUACGUGUUGUUGACAUUCCAACAAGUCCGACCCCCGGUAAACACAUCAAUCAUCAAUCUCGUCGCACUUCAAAAAUUGCGUUCCCUCUGA